AUAGAUUAAUUACAUCUCUCUAGCAUCUGCGAAAAGUUUUAAGGCUUUCGGCGAUAAAAUCAAUUAAGAAGUUCCCAAUGGCCGAGUCACUUCCAGUGGAAAACAUAGUCUUGGUUGGGCGUACAGGGAACGGAAAAAGCGCCACCGGGAACAGCAUCGCCGGAAACCAUGUGUUCGUUUCGAAAGCACACGCAACAGGCGUUACAAUGGAAUGCGAGUCAGUGAUAGUUGACACACCAGAAGGCCAGAAACUCAGAGUGAUUGACACUCCAGGACUAUUUGAUCUGACGUCGUCGGCUGACUACAUAAGUAAGGAAAUCGUUAACUGCCUACAUCAAGCGAAAGGAGGGCUGCAUGCUGUACUCUUAGUUUUAUCGGUGAGGAAUCGAGUUACAAAAGAGGAAGAGGUGGUACUUAGUACCCUGGAGGUCCUUUUCGGGAGUAAAAUUGUUGAUUAUCUUAUCGUUGUUUUCACUGCCGGGGAUGUGUUAGAAGAGGAUUGCGAGACAAUCCAGGACUAUUUGGAUGGUUGUCCUGACUUCCUAAAGAGACUUCUCGUACUGUGUGAGAACCGAAUGGUCGUGUUCGAUAACAGAACCAAGGAUGAGGCGAAGAAGACAAAGCAAGUCCAUGAUCUUCUCACAGUUAUCGACCUGGUCAGAAAGCAUACCGAGAAUAAACCAUAUACCGAGGCCAUGUACCAACAGAUAAAGGAAGAGACUGAUAGACACAAUAAAGAACACGAGGAGCUUGCAAACAAAGACCAUUCAAAAGAAGAAUUCGAAGAAUUGAGGAAGGAGUUGAUGCUGAUAAACGAACAGAACCUCAAGGCAAUGGCAGAAAUGAUGGAGAAAGAAAUUAGAAUGGUUACGGAAGCGCAGCAGAAGCUCUUUGAGCAAAGAGAAAAAUCCGAGGAGGAAAGGCAUCUUGCGGAGGAGGCGAGACAUCAAAAGGAAAUGCAGGAUGCAAUAAAUCAGAUGGAAGCCAGAACGCAAGAAGAAAUGAAUAGGCAGAUGAGGGAUGAUGGUUGCAACAUUCUCUGAUCAAAUCACUGUGCGCUAUUCCACAAUCUCCUUUUAAAAAUAAAAUAAAGAGCCAUUGCCGAGACUUUGUGUUUCUAAUGCAGAGUAUCUUCUUUAUAUUCCUCGUUUGAGCACGCUCUUCGGCUUUUGGCGUGUUUGGAGUGUCUGUUUCUGUUUUUGUUUGAGUUUUAACUCCGUUAUUUCCUUAUGUUGACUAGGCCAUUCGUAGCCUAAUCACCUUCUCGUUUUAAUCUUCUUUUUUGCUUCUUGUACGCAUUAUAAAUAUAUGCGUGCGUGACUGUGCUUUG